AUGUACAAGAACAUAAGUGCCCCCGUGGAGAACAAAUAUCACCACACCAUCUUGGCCGAUGACCACACCUGGACCUUUCCACUCUGCUGUAAGGAGUGCUGUGAGCGAUGUGUAGGCAGCCUGCCCUGGGCCUCUCUCAUCGCCACUAUCCUCCUCUACAUGGGCGUGGCCUUGUUCUGUGGGUGUGGCCACGAGGCUUUAAGCGGCACCGUCACCAUUCUCCAGAACUACUUUGAAGUCAUCAGAGCCCCGGGAGAAACCCUGGAUGUCUUCACCAUUAUCGACAUCCUGAAGUACAUCAUCUACGGCCUUGCAGCUGGAUUCUUUGUGUUUGGAGUGCUGCUGCUGGUGGAGGGCUUUUUCACCACUGGAGCCAUUAGGGAUCUUUAUGGAGAGUUUAAGAUCACUGCCUGCGGACGUUGCCUGACUGCAUUCCUGAUGUUCCUCGCCUACCUGUUCUUCCUGGUGUGGCUCGGAGUGACGGCAUUCACCAGCCUGCCGGUCUUCAUGUACUUCAACGUUUGGUCCAUGUGUCAGAACACCAGCUUGGUGGAGGGAGCCAACCUCUGCCUGGACCUGCGUCAGUUUGGAGCCGUUACAAUCUCUGAGGAGAGGAAGGUGUGUACAGGAUCUGAGAAGUUCUUCAAGAUGUGUGAAUCCAAUGAGCUGGACUUGACCUUCCAUCUGUUCGUGUGCGCACUGGCAGGAGCGGGAGCUGCUGUCAUCGCCAUGGUCCACUUCCUGAUGGCCCUAGCUGCUAACUGGGGCUACCUGAAAGACACCAGCCGAAUGCAGAAGUACGAGGACAUCAAGUCGAAGGAGGAGCAGGAGCUGCAUGACAUCCACUCUACACGCUCCAAAGAACGCCUCAAUGCCUACACAUAAACACACACCUACGAGAAACGACACAUACACACUUAACCUGUCAGACACACACAAGAUGAUACAUGCACACACACGCACUCACACACACACACACACACACAGGGCCUGAGACAACCCUGAGGAUAGCAGAAACAUACAGUAUACAUAUACAUGAGUAAAAAAACAACAUACAUUGAAAGACACGAGUAGGCAGAAAUGAAUAACAAUAAAAUGAUUAAAACACAGACACCACCAUCAUUCUCGUGUCUGCAGCAGAUCACUGGCUCAGGUGCUCUGUGCUAACACUUUAGCAUCCACUAUGUUGGUUUGCUCCAUACAUACUUUUAUUAACCCAGACAUUUGCUUUUGAGUGAAAGGAAACCUUUAGCUUUAGCCUCACCAGAAGAUGUGGUUAAAUACAUGAUUGCUCAAUUAAAAUAGUUCCAAAACAAGACAUUUGGCUAUAUGAACUCUGUAAUAUAAGUUUAUACACGUUUACGUGUAAAUGUUCUAGGGCCGGCCUCAGCCUUUUCGAGGCCUUAAGUGCUCCAUCCCCUUCAACCCCCCUGUUCCCCGGAGUGUGACUGUGCAGAACAACUACAACAACAACUACAACUGACCUAAAAUCACAGAAAGAAACAAAAAUUACUACAGAAAAGUUACAAAAAAAAUUGCGAAACAAAAAAAAAAAAGUGUGUGAAACGUACAAGAUAACACUUCACUUUAAGAAAUACCAAAAAACAAAUAAUGAACAUAAGAACCCAAAGAAAUGUCUUUGCGUGUUUGUGGCCCCAUUUGAUUACUCCGUUUUUCCAGUUUUAUCUUUUAAAAUAGCCAGUAUUUAUUUUGUGAUUUACUUUUGCCAUGCUAAUCUGCUGUAUGGAGAUCAUCACAGCUAACUGCUACGAACUGUUAGCACUGCACACUGAAGCCAACAAUCUACAGCAGACACAUGAGUGAGUUUGGUGUCUGUGAACUCAUUAUUUAAUGGGGGGGGGGGGGCGUCCAACAGGACAACGUCACUGUAACCCCCCAUCCAAAAAGCCUCAAUACCUGCAGCACACACACAGACACUCACACACACACACACAUACAAACACAUAGAUGUGGCUGAAUGGUCGGUGUUGUGCAGGCAGUGUUGUAUGGUGGUGUCAUGCUGUGUCGUGUCGUUUCGCCACAUUAUGAUGACUGGUAUUGCAGAGAAAUAUGGUCCCUGAGGAAAUUUGUACCUCCCGGGUGCAAAUGGUUAGCUUUGCUAACUUUCCCCUUCCCUCUCCUCCCCUCUCUUUCCAUCUCCCUUUUCCUCCAGACCUGCCCCUCCUCUUUCUCUACUCUGUGACCUCUUCAUCUCAAGCCCAGUUUCAUUAGUUGUUUCACGUAUUCUUGUCACAAAUACCGACCGGUGUGUCCCACAAGUGGCCAUUUGCAGGGGGGUGGGUUGAAAUCAAAUGCAGGACUAAUAGUUCAUUGUAAUAAUAAUAAUAAUAAAAGCGUAUAUUGAUUGAUAAAAUAUGCAGAUAAAUUGUUGUCAUAAAUUCUUUUUACCAAAUUGCCCUAAUGUUAUUUGUAAUUUAUCACAUGACGGGCUCCUUGAGCUCUCUUGAACUUUCAGAUUAAAAGCACUUAAAAUGGCAGUGGGGAUUUCAAAGAGGCCAGUUAAAACAACUUGUGAAACAGGGCUUUGUGUCCCUCCCUUUCUAUCCCCAGUUUGUAUAAACUUGUGAUUUGUUCUCAGAAACAGCACAUCUUAGCAGCACAAAGUCUUUUUAACGUGUGUCAUGUUCUCAUAAUGUUUUUUCUCACUUUUUGGAAUUUUUGACACAUUUUUAUCAGUAUUAUUUAUGUGUAAUUUUAGCAUUGGGGGUAUUUAAAUGGGGAAGAUGUGUGUGUGUUGGGGGAAGGGGAGGGGGUUGUAUCACUUUCACAUUUUAAUGUAAUGAUUCUGUAUUACAGUGGUUCUGCACACACACAAACACACAUACACAUGCGUAUACACCAAUCAUCUCGAGAGCAUUGGUUCUCGUGUCGUCAUGUUUUGGUUUUUUUUAGCGAGCCCUAAUGUGACCAAAACUACCGUUUAAAUUGCUAAUAGUCAGCUUACCGUUGGCGACAUGAACAGAUGGUUACUGUGAAUUCUGGGCGGCCUCACUGAGGGUUGUAGGUUAUUUUUGGCCUAAGCAGCAUGUGCUUCAAGAUGGAAGAUCCGUUCCCCUGAAAACAUUUUGAGGUGUGGAUAUUUGUAACAUCUCAGGAGGAGUUUCGGUUGUGAGGCGUUUGAAACGGAUGGGUGAGAUGGGAAUUUAAACCGGUCUGGAUGUGCUGAAGGAAGCAGGAGAGAACUCACCAUUAGUGGCUGCAGGGAUUGAUCGGAGGAGUGUUAUUGGGAGAGAAGACCAUAAUGAAUGAUGUCCCAGCUAAUAAGCUCAUUGUUUAGGAAUGAUUUGCUUUACUGGAUAGGUUUGUGGUUUUAAAGGAUGUUCCCAGCUUAUAUUUGGUGUGUUUAUUAUCUCCUCAGGUGCUUCUAUAUUAGGAUGCAACUUUCUUGUAGUUUAAAAAAAGAGGUUCUACCCGUUGCUAUGUUUUUUUAAGAGGCCGAUUACACUAGUUAAAAUUAAAAAAAUCUGAGCAGUAACAACUUCAAACCUGACUUUAUUUUGCUAUAAUCUAAUGCAGUGUAUACAGCACUUAAGAGAAUAUUCUCUGUCACCAGUGUGCAGGGCUUUUCUGUUUGUAUUCUAUGUUCUGUUGGGCCAGCCAUUAGAAUAAGAGGAUUGUAUGUCAGUCCUGGUUGUAGCUGUGAAGGAACGCGAUGAUUCUCUAUCUGCCAGUAGAGAUGACCGAGAGGGGAUUCAGUUCCUCCUGACAGUGAAGAUGGUGGCGAGGAUGGUGGUAAUGAAGGGUUCGAUUUGAUGACACUACCAGCAUACACACACACACACACACACACGCACACCACCGCCAUCACUCUGAGCCAUAACUCUUUGCUCUUUUACUUUUCACCAAUAACAUUUCACUAUUUUAUUAUCAACAUUAAAUCUUUGAAACUUUUUAAAUGUGAAAUCAUUUAAUUAGAAAAAAAGGAAAUGUGUUUCUUUUUCUUUUAUUUUCUUGUGUGGGCAGUAUUAAGCACUGUUCCUGCAUUAACUCUGUAUAAAGAUAUACAUAUAUGUGAGACAGUUGAGGUGAGCAGCCGGGAGAAUGAUUUCCUAUUGGUUACAGAGUCUGGAGGAGGUGGUUCAGUCCCAAUGUCCUGAGCUUUUACUCCCUAAGAGAGCUGCAUUAACACACACGAAAGAUAUGAUGUCUUUGCAUCAAACUGCUUAUCCAAAAUUUGAAGAAAAAAAAAAAAUUAUGUGCCACAAAUAAGCUGGUUUUUGCUUGUCUGUGAGAUGAUUUUCACAUGGUACUGUAGUGGAUAUACUGGCUGGUUUAAAGGCAGUACAAACAAGUCUAAAACUAAUGGUGUACUGUGGAAAAGGUUUGGCAGUCCACAAGACGUUAAUUGCAAAAACAUCGAUAUAGUUAAGAGCCAAUGGUCACAAGAUAGAGCCUGAGGAGUUCAAAUUAACGACCAUGAGCGAAUCAGACCAGUGUCGAACAACAUAUGUUAAAGCUGCAGUAGGUAACUUUUAUAAAAAGUACUUUCAGUCAUAUUCACUGAAACUUUCACUAUAU